UGUAAAUGUGUGGUUUGUUUGUCGAAUCAUAUGGGAGUGUAUGUUCUAUUUAAUUAUAAAAGAAUCUUAGAUGUGUCGUUACUUAUGUAGUUAGUACUACCUUAAAUAAUAAAUUGUUAAAUCACUGCCAAUAAAAUAAGCCUCAUCAACGAAAAUGGACCCUAUUGAUCUGCUCGAAAAGCGAAUUGCCGCCUUGGAACUCGAGGUCCUUCCAUUCGCAAAAGAAGUUGGUCCGGAUAAAUCUCAACUAAUAACCGAUUUACUCAUCCAAACACAUUCGAUGACCACCACGGCCUUGAGUUGCAGAGAGGUCAUAACGUCGAUAUUACGACGGAUGGAAGUGAUUAAUGAUUACUUAAAUCCGGCAUACUGCGACACCCAGUUAGACAUUCAAGACAAGAAGCAGUACAUACUGGAAUUGUACCCGGAAAUGAAGAAAACCAUGCAGCUGGUGGUCGACUUUGAAAGAUUACGCACCUUCCUCGAUUCGCCCUCUAUCAAUAACAUUCCCUCAUUAGUUGAUAAACUGGAGAGACUAACAAUUUCCAAUGUUAAUACGUACCAGGAAUGUAAGGAGGUCACUAACAAAAUUUUACAAGCUUUACAACAAUAUAAUGAUAUAACAAAGUCUAUUAAAAUCUUAUUUGCACAGCUUGAAGAGUCAAUUACUAAUAUUGAAAUAUCGCUUUUACCAAAAGCUAAAAUUGAUGAAUAGAUUCGUUAUUAAUGCGUUUCAUAUUACAUAUAUACCCUUUACAUGUUUCGUUUGUGUCCUUAUAGUCUAAUUUAUUUAAUUUUGUAUUGUUGAUGUACUUAUAGCUUUUGAUUUGGAAGACCAAACCUACUCUUAUCAGGUAUGAUCUACGAUGAUUUAACUAAAUAAAAUGUUCUCCAAUC